GAGCUUGCAUCUCUGUUGCGAACAACACCGGUCAGACAACAUGUAUAACGGUAUUGGACUUACAACUCCUCGAGGAAGUGGUACAAACGGUUAUGUCGUCCGUAACCUUUCCGUCCUGCGUAGCCAUGAAACUGCAGUAGAACGGGCUCAAUCCUGGAAUGCCCCUCCGCCAAAACACCGCGAACCGGACGGCGAGAUCCUCGAGCAUGAGAAGAAACGAAAAGUUGAAGUACAAUGUCUGGAGUUGCAGUUGGAACUCGAGGAUAAUGGGCUGGACGAGGCAGAUAUUGACGGCCAAGUUCAAACUCUUCGCACAAAAUUGCUAGCCAAUCUCAGCAGCAUGCAAACUAACGCAAAAAGCCUCAAACCAUCAGAUACCCAUGGCAUAGCUGCCGCCAAAAAGGAUGAGCUCGAUCGAAUGGCACGCGCUUUGGGCACCCGUAAAGAUUAUACCGAGGGUGAUGCCUUUGACAAGGAGAAGCAGGAGGAGAUCAGGAGACGGCGUAUGGAGGAGCGCGGAGAGCGGGAAAGGCAGAGGGAAGAGGAGCGCACACGUAUGCAGGCUCAGAAGGAGAAGUGGGAAGCUGAGCGGAAGGAGAGGGAUAGGUUGCGGAGACGUGAGGAGGACAGGAGACGAAAGGAGAGAGAAGAGGAAAUGAAGCGAAGAGAAAGGAUGCCGCCACCCCCGGUUCCUGUAUAUCAUCGAGGAGACAGGGGUGUUGAUCGUGACAGAGGCCGUCGAAGUAGAAGCCCUGACCGUCGAGGACCACCGCGCGAUCGAGACGAUUACAGGAAACGACCAAGCUCCCGCUCACCUUCGCCACCGCCGCGCGAUAGUCAUCGUCGUCCCUCCCGAUCGCCUUCGCCUUUACCGCGUGUACGUCGUCGUUUCGACUCACGAUCACCCCCUCGAUACCGCCGCUCCGGUUCCGUUGAACCUCCUUCACGGGGAGAGAGUGGAAUAUCUGGAUCUCCGCCCCCUCAUCCGAAGAGUACUCGCGACCUUGAUAAAGUGAAGCCACGCUCAAGGUCCCCGCGCGGUCGCGAUCGUCGUGGAAGGUCUCCUUCACGCUCACCGUCUCGGUCACCUGUGCGAUCACCUGUGCGAAUAGACCGACGUGGACGUGGUCAUACUCGGUCUCCUUCACCUCCACCACGCGGCGAGAGGGGAUCACGGCGAGGCCGAUCACCUUCAACUGAAAGUGAUUCAUCUAUGUCUGUCAGUAGUAGAUCAUCGAGUGGAAGCCGUAGCCGUAGUCGGAGUUAAGGGACGUUAUAGCUUCUAUUUUCUUGUUGCUUUAGUUACCCAACUUUUCCAUUCUUCGCUUUUGUUGCCUUUUCAUUCUGUAUUCCCUUCAUGUAUUGUGUCUUUUGCGUUGCUCCAUAUUCAAUAUCGGAAAACUCGGUCGGCAGAGAAACAUCAGAUAUAUUGAGUCAUGUGAUUGUUAUUGCAAGAUUUUGCUUUGUUUUUUUGAGUACCACC